AUGUCCCGAUACUCACAACACGAUGAUAGAGCCUACAGAAAAUACGAUGGAUGGGAGAAUGAUGGUGGAGACAAAAGAAAGAGGGAUUAUAAUAGCAGUAAUCGUUCCUAUCCUAAUCAAUAUAAUUCUGGCUCUUCUAGGAAUUAUGAAAAUUCUCGUGAUUCAUACAAUGAUGAUGAGUAUAAAAGAAGAAAAUAUUAUGAUAAUAGGGAUGGAAAUGUAGAAUCAUCUUCAUCACAUAGAAGUGAACAUUCGGAUUAUAAUAGAUCUUAUUCAUCACAGUAUGAUAAUUCUUAUCACUACAAUAGAAAUUACGGUUAUGACAAUUAUAACAACUAUGAGGACGAAUAUAGGGAUAAAACUGUAUAUAUUUCAACAUUACCAAGUAAUGCAAUAGAACAAGACAUCAAGGAUUUGUUGGCAAAUAAUAAUUUGACAAAUUACUUGGAAGUUAGCAUGAAAAAUCAACCAAAAGGAUGUGCCAUUAAAUGGAAGCUAUGUGAGGGGUUUUCCUAUCACUGUAAAACAAGCUGAGGAAAAAAAGAGGAAUAAGAGAGAUUACAAUGAACACAAUGACAAAUAUUCUAAUGAUAACUAUUAUCAAGGUCAAACAAAAGUUUACGCCGGUAAUGUACCAACAAUUUUUAAUAGAUCAGAUUUAGUUCAAUUAUUUGGUGCAUUUGGAUAUAUUGGAAAGAUUGAUAUGAAAAAUGAUGAUGCUGGAAACUUUAAUGGUGUAGCAAUUAUUACGUUUCAAAGAUUUGAAGGUGCAAGAAAAGCAGUUUCCAAAUUGAAUGGACUGUCUUUUUCUUCAAAAUAUCCAAAUUUAAAGGUUGGUUUUUAUAGUGAAAAUGAGGCUGAAAAAAGAACUGACAAUCAAGACGAUUAUGAGGAAGAAAAACCAAAUUAUAACAACAAUAAUUAUUCUCAAAAACCAUCUUCAAAUAUUUAUGCAGAGAGAUUUAACACUCUCAUUUCUACUGACGUAAGAGGAUCAUUAUCUCAAAAUAUUUCAGUGAGUCACAUGUUUGACCCAUCAGUUGAUCAAUUAAAAGUUGUGGAAGAUAGUAUAAGAAAAGCAUGUAAGAGUUUUGGAAAUAUUCUACACAUUUUUCUAGAUAAUCAAGACACAAAUGGUAUGGUAUAUAUUCGUUUUGACAAUACAAUUGGAUCUCAAAAUGCAGCCCAAAGACUUCCAUCUCUGAGAGGUACAUGGAGCCCAGCAAGUUCUAAACUUCCCCUACCACAAGUCACUUAUGAGAGUGAUGCUCAAUACCUUUCCAUGUUCAAUUUGAAAUAAAUACUUUGUAUCAAUUCUU